UUAUCCGUGGCAACAUCAGCACACGGAACAGUCAUUGCACGGAUUCAGGCUGGGUUUUUAACGYGUCACUCAGCCCACCGCACUAAGGUUGCUUAGCCAUCUCUCCUUUGCGUGCCCUGGCGGCUUUAAGAAAGCAUCCUUUAUAACAUUUUACAUUAAUGAUAUUUCUUUUUGYGAUUCAGGCGGGCUGCCCGGCGGUGCCGUUGGCGACAGGCGGGGCUCGSCGCGCUUUCCGGCAGGCCGUUGUCCCGGUAACGAGGCGCUGGGUCGCGAACCGCCGCCGCCCGCGGUGCCUCCAUCCCGGUGCGGUGCGCUCCGCACAUCCCGGCCCGGCCCCCUCCGCAGGGACCGGGCCCUCCCGCCCCAACAUGGACAAGUACCAGGUGCUGGGGCUGGUGGGGGAGGGCACCUACGGGGUGGUGACCAAGUGCAGGAACAGGGAGAACGGGCAGAUCGUGGCCGUCAAGAAGUUCCUGGAGAGCGACGACGACGCGGCGGUGAGGAAAAUCGCCCUGAGGGAAAUCAAACUGCUCAAGCAACUCAGGCACGAGAAUCUGGUGAACCUGCUGGAUGUGUGUAAAAGGAAGAAGCGGUGGUACCUGGUGUUUGAAUUUGUGGAUCACACGGUGCUCGAUGACCUCGAGGCCUCUCCCGCUGGUCUGGACUACGACAGAGUUCGGAAAUACUUAUUUCAGAUUAUGAGAGGAAUUGCCUUUUGUCACAGCCAUAAUAUAAUCCAUCGGGAUAUCAAGCCAGAAAACAUACUGGUUUCCCAGUCGGGAGUUGUGAAACUGUGUGACUUCGGAUUUGCCCGGCCCUUGGCAACCUCCGGGGAAGUUUACACGGACUAUGUGGCGACCCGCUGGUACAGAGCCCCGGAGCUGCUGGUGGGGGAUAGCAAAUAUGGCAGGCCUGUGGACGUGUGGGCUGUUGGCUCCCUGAUAACAGAAAUGCUUACGGGAGAGCCCCUUUUCCCUGGUGACUCAGACAUUGAYCAGCUCUUCCAUAUCACCAAGUGCCUGGGUAGCUUAAUUCCAAGACACCAGGAGUUAUUCUAUAAAAAUCCCCUCUUUGCUGGCAUGAAGUUGCCUGAUGUGCAGGAGCUGGAAUCYCUGGAGAAACGCUAUCCCAAGCUCCCCGCUGCCGCUCUGGAUUUGGCCAAGGAGUGCUUGCAGAUUGACCCAGACAAGAGACCUUCCUGUGCCCAACUCUUGCAGGGCGAUUUCUUCAACAAGGACGGCUUCGCUGAAAGAUUUACUCAGGAACUUAAAGUAAAGAUCCAGAAAGAUGCCAGAGACCAUCAGUUACAAAAAAAAUCCAAAACCAGCAAAAGAGACAAAGAUGAUGUUUCAGAAGAAAGAAAAACGUUCAGUGUCCAGGAUUUUAGUGUGGGCCCAAGGAGCAAAGAUGCAAAGYUGAUAAAGACCAAGCCCCCUAAAGCUGAUGCAGAGAAAGCAGAUCGAUCCUCCAAGCUGGGCUUCCUCUACGACAGUGCAAUCAACCCAUUGAAAUUCAGCCCUCAGACCAGCCUGAAAGAUUCCAGCAGCAGCUUGGACUACGCCAAGAGCACAGGCACAGUUAUCCCUCCCAUUAACCAGAACUUUUCUCCUACAUUUGGGAUGGGUUCUGUGCCUGGGAGCCUCAAUUACAGACUUGAUGAAAAGAGUAAAAAAUACUUGAACCCGUUGCUAAAGGCACRGAAGCCUUCUCCAGUGGGCCGUUGCAGUGUCAGCUUGACACCGGUUACUAAUGAAAAACCCAUCCUUCAGGCAAGAAAGAAAAAAUGGGAAUUCCUCAAGGCAGAUGUGCGUUUGCCAGAACUAAAUCAUCUCCCUGAGCUGAGAGGAGCGGACGCUCGCCAUCCCAGAUUUCUGAAAAAGGAAAAUAGAAUGUUUGCAGAGUCCCGAGUCCCCUCCCUCGCUGCUAUCGACCUUCAUAACGCAAGUCUGGCUUCACAGCAGCUGUCAGGGACCUUGAUGCCGGAUGCAUCAGAAGCCAACUUUCCCAGGGUCGAGCACUAGCCUUGGGGAGAUGGUCACACCUGCCUGUAAAAGGUGACUGAACAGUGGGAACAAUCCAUCUGAGUUUCCAGGGGCAAAAGCUGCCAGGUCUCUGCAGGGGAGAGGAGGAUCCCUUACUCCUGUUGGUGCAGCAGAUGGCCACAGAAGUGGCUCGGGUCCAGGCCGAGGAUGGAGCUUGCACUGCCGUUGCUGCUGGAUUUCUUGCGUGCAAAAAGCCCCUGGAAUGUUGAUUUUCUGGCUUAGGGCCAGGUCUUGUCUGAGCAGAGUAGUGGUUAUUGGUGUGUGACAAGGGCAGGAGCUGGUGUGGAGGACUCUGAAGGAAACUGGGCUUUCUUUUGUCCAGCUGCUGCCCGCRUGAGGGGUUUCUUUUGAAAUGAGUAGUGACGAGAGCAGCUGCCAAAAUUCUCAUCUUCCWGUGGGCUGCCUGAUCUGGAUCGAAAAACACCUUUGCCUUGACAAUGAAGAAAAUGUUUGCCUAAGAAAUACCAUGUUUAAGUGUGCAAAUCUUCAGCUGUUCCUUUGAAACCCUUGCUAAUGCACUUGUCACUUUKUUUAGGUUGUUUUUCCCUUCACAUUUUUGACCCCGUGUUUGGGCACUUGUCUUUGGGGUUUUUUAACUGGGUCUGUUAUCUGGCUGUUGUUCAUGGGGAAGGAAGGAAUAUCCCUGUGGAGUACUGAGCUGUGAUGCAGGUUACAUAUGGAAUGGCUCAGUAACUCAAGUCAUCAUUCCUUUAGGUUCCUCAGGAGAAUGGGACAGUGAAACUUGACUGUUAGGAAACAAUUUUUGCUUAUUGCCCUCAGUGUCCAUGUGGUCAGUUUUGUGCUGUCCCUGUGUUGCUUACCACUCUGUUUUCCAUCACCUGUCACAACUCACACAGUGUCAUUAACUUUGGAACCUAUUUUUCCACAAAAUACAGCCUUUCCCAUUGAUGGAUCAUGACCGAAUCUGGUCUGAGCUCUGUGUAUUUAGGGAUUUGUCUCUGUGCUGUGUCUUGACAUGUUCAUUUCAUUUGUAAAUAAACAGAUCCUCCAAUUCCA